AUAGCCUAUAUCGAUAUAUACUUUUCCUAUAAAUACGUGUACGCAUGUAUACGUGUAUAUAAAUAUUAUAUACCGCAUUGUACUAUAUAAACUUUCGAGUGUAUAUCAAAAGCAACCGUUUCUUUUUUCGACAUCUUGGCAUCUUUGGUGAUUCAACGCGGGAUCGUUCUACAUUCGUCGCAUCUUGUUUGGGUAUCUUGUUUGAAGGGUUGGAAACUGGUGUCUUCUUACUUGAGAGGCGGGAAAGCUGGAGCACGGAGGAGGGCCUACGCGUAAUAAUGAGAAAAAAGAAUUCGAACGAAGUUUGUCGCUUGAUGAAUAUCACAUAUUUCUUCCGUCGUGGAUUAUUUGUGAAUAUAUCUCCGUGAAUAAUGAAAAAUUUAUUGUUCAUCUGUAUCGAAAUAUUUUGGGGCCUCCUCUUUAUCCAUCAUUCUCGUCUCACGCAGUUUAUCUCACGCCUCUUCACAGACACGUAUCCUUGGCGGAAUUUGAUCUUGGGCGCACUUAUCUUCGGGGCUAUUGGCUGGAUAUAUUGUGUGUUGGGUUGGUUACGGGUUUAAUCUCACUGAUCUCUCUGCCAAUCGCAAACAAACGCAUCUCGUGAAGAAACAUCUCUCUGCCCUCUCCUUUUCCUCCUUUAUCCAGGCGUUUUUGUCAUCGUCGUCGUCGUCGAGUGAAAUCAUUACGUGAAGUCAUUUCUUCGAGUAAGAUCAUGCCCGACUCGUGGCAAAGUUAUUGUACUAAUUGUAAGAAAGACAUGAUUCAAAUUUAAUAGAUAAGAUAUGCGCCUCUGUAUAAAUAUAUAUCGAGUCUGUUUAUAAAAAAAAAAAAAGGUCUAACGAUCUUAAGUAAUAAAGUAAUGGAAUAACUUUGCUACGUCGUCACCAAUGUGAUCUCGACGAGGCGAAACGACGAUAAAUAACGACGAGCUCGGCACUAACGCGGAAUCGGCGGAAGUUCACGGAAAACGUUUACUCGUCCCUUCAUGCGCGCACCGAAGCCACAUUUCCCCCGAUGCCGCGUGGCCCUGCGAGGUGUCCCGUGUAAAAAACUGUGCGAGAACCAAGUGCGGGCGAGCGCGAGCCAGCAAAAGCUAAUCCGUAUUUUUCCUAAAGAUUUAAUCUCCUUACCACCUUCGCGCCUCCGUCGGCGCUGGGUCCCUGUUACAGGCAUGGGUGCGCUACUAUCCCUGCUUCGUUCCGACGUUAAGCAGCAGCAGCAGCAGCAGCAGCAGCAGCAGCAGCAGCCGACGAAGAAGGGUUACCGUGCGUCCGCACCAACGAUGAUGACGCGGGCCAACAUCGCCAUGGCGAACAGACGUGCCAGCAACAGCAACAUCGCCGGCGGUGACAACAGCUACGACGACAGCAGCGGCGGCGACAACGGCGGCGGCCGCGCCGCCUCCGCCCGCGAGGUCGUCUUUCCGGAUUCGUUCGAGGUGCUGCCGCAGCCGCACGACCUCAGCGUCGUCUUCAUGGCGGGUGUGCCGCACGAGCAGCAGCGCAAAUUCCGCUGCCGUUUCUGCGGCAAGGGCUACCGCUGGAAGAGCACGAUGCGCCGCCACGAGAUGGUGGAGUGCGGCGGCAAACCCCCGGCCUUCCAGUGUCCGCAGUGUCCGUACAAGGCGCGGCAGCGCGGAAAUCUGACCGUGCACUUUAAGCGCCAUCAUCAAAAGUUGGGCUACGACGAAUCGUCCGCGCCCUAAGAACGCGGGAGACGACUGACAUUUCCUAGAGCAUUGAACAAAUGCGCGAAGUCCAAGUGUUUCUCGAGGGGGAUCUUGAGAGCCCCUCGAGUUCGCAGCUUUUGACCCUCUUUGACCCUCUGGAAAAACCGAUUUUAAUUCUACAAUAAAUGGUCUCGUGACUUAAGCAUUGUGAAAUAUGCAUUCGUAUGAAAUAUUUGAUUAAUGGUUUUCAGUUGAGACUUAAUUUGACAAUCCAAUUUCUAAAUAUAAAUUUCGAAAUUAAUUAUCCUGAACUUUUUGGCAUAUAAAUAGGAUUUUUAAAGAGAAUAACAUGACAUCCGUAAAUUUCAAACAAUGACAGCUAUAAAGUUCGAGAAAUGCGAUUUAAUCGAUAUCAUGCUUUUUUUAGAAAGGAAAUAAAUUAACUAUUCUGCAUAAUGAAACAUGUCACGUUUGACGUAUUUUGAUACAAUCACUUUUUUUUUAUGAAAUAGU